GGGAAAUCGGCAGCCGAUCGUCAUUGGCACCAGAAAACAAAUGACCAAUACGCGCAGGUCAUGUGGAAAAAUCCCUCUACACUCAAAUGGCAGGGCCCUGACCCGGUCCUCAUAUGGGGACGCGACAAUGAAGCCCUGCCUCGUCCUCUUUACAUACGCCUUCUGUGCACACGCCGGUUUUGGACCCCCCCCAAAUCCUCAAGAACUCAGAAGGGCCCUUUUUGGAAAUCCCUGCGAUUGCAAAGGCGGACAAGUGUUCAUUUGUGGAGGCAACCUUGCCUACACCAUGCUCCCUUUCAAUUGGACAGGCCUCUGCAUUACAGCUAGCCUUCUCCCCGACAUCUCUAUCAUCCCCGGGGAUGAACCUGUCCCUCUCCCUAGUCUUGACCUUAUAGCGGGACGCCACCGGCGUGCUCUCCAAGCCAUUCCCCUACUUCUAAGCUUGGGGGUUACAACCGCUUAUAUUUACCAGUCACAGAUCCAGGAGUUCAAAGAGGCCUUUGAUAUGAUUGAUCAGAAUAGAGAUGAUUUCAUCAGCGAGGAAGAUAUGCAUGAUGAUAUACUUGGGAAAAAUCCAACUGAUGAGUAUCUGGAUGCCAUGAUGAAUGGCCCCAUCAAUUUCACCAUGUUCCUUACCAUGUUCGGAGAGAAGUUAAAUGGCGCGGAUCCUGGAGAUGUCAUCAGAAAUGCUUUUGCUUGCUUUUAUGAAGAAGCAAUUGGCACCAUCCACAAAGAUUACCCGAGAGAGCUGCUGAUAACCAUGGACGAUCGGUGCACAUAUGAGGAAGUGGAUGAGCUGUACAGAGAAGCACCUAUCAACAAAAAGGGGAGCUUCAAUUAUAUCGAGUUCACGCACAUCCUUAAACAUGGAGCAAAAACAAAGAUGACUGAAAAGAACUCCAAAUUCCAGCCAGAUGUCCCUUGUUGCCGCUUUGAGUAUUUCUGAGAUUUUCUCUUGCAUGCCCUUAGUUUUACAGCUUUUGCCUUUUCUGCUGUGUUUAUUCUCAGCCGUUUUGGGCAUAUGUAUCUUUCCA